AUGGCGAAGAAUUACGUGAGAGAGAACGUACCCCUAUCAAGAUUCGGCGUCUUGGUUGCACAGUUAGAGUCCAUAGUUGCCUCCGCAGCGCACAAGCCCCCUGAUCCAAUCCUCUGCUUCGAUCUUCUAUCCGAUCUCAUCUCCGCCAUCGACGAGGAGCCCAAGGAAUCUAUACUCUUGUGGCAAAGAAAAUGCGAGGAUGCGCUCUACUCUCUGCUUGUUCUUGGUGCUCGGCGGCCAGUGCGUCACCUGGCAUCAGUGGCCAUGGCGAGGAUCAUAUCAAAGGGGGAUGGCAUUUCGAUAUAUUCAAGAGCGAGCAGCCUCCAGGGAUUUUUAUCUGAUGGGAAGAAGAUCGAGCCACAGCGAGUUGCUGGUGCUGCGCAAUGCUUGGGAGAAUUAUAUCGCCAUUUUGGGAGACGAAUUACUUCUGGUUUACUUGAAACAACUAUUAUUGUGGCAAAACUCAUGAAAUUUAAUGAGGAUUUUGUGAGGCAAGAAGCAUUACAUAUGCUUCAGAAUGCUUUGGAAGGUACUUGUGGCAGCGGUGCUUCUGCAGCUUAUACAGAGGCGUUCCGUCUCAUAAUGCGGUUGGCUGUUGGGGAUAAAUCAUUUAAUGUUAGAAUAGCUGCUGCUAGUUGUCUGAAGGCUUUUGCAAACAUUGGAGGACCAGGCUUAGGAGUUGGGGAGCUUGACAAUUCUUCCUCUUAUUGUGUUAAGGCCCUUGAAGAUCCUAUAUCAUCUGUUAGAGAUGCUUUUGCUGAAGCCUUGGGAGCAUUGCUUGCUCUUGGAAUGAAUCCCGAGGCACAGGUGCAACCAAGGGGCAAGGGCCAUUUUACUCCAAAGAAACUCGAAGGGUGUUUGCAAAGGCAUUUGGCUCUGCCAUUUAUGAAAGCUAGUGGAUCUCGGUCAAAGGACUUGCGGAUUGGCCUCACCCUGUCAUGGGUAUUCUUUUUACAGGCCAUUCGUCUGAAGUACCUGCACCCAGAUAGCGAGCUGCAGAACUUCGCGAUGCAGGUUAUGGACUUGCUUCGGGGGGAUACUACUGUGGAUGCACAAACACUGGCAUGUGUAUUGUAUAUACUUCGGGUGGGUGUAACUGACCAAAUGACUGAACCUACUCAGAGGGGCUUUUUGGUUCUUCUAGGCAAGCAGCUUCAGUCUCCUGAUGCCAGUCCUUCUAUGCAAAUUGCUGCUUUACGGACUUUAUCCUAUGCUUUGAAAACACUAGGAGAGGUUCCACAUGAGUUAAAGGAGGUUCUUGAUGACACUGUUGUUGUGGCACUUUCUCAUUCUUCACCACUUGUACGAGUUGAGGCCUCUUUAACAUUGCGUGCUCUGGCUGAAGUUGAUCCAACGUGUGUUGGUGGUUUAAUUUCUUAUGGGGUGACUACACUUCGUGCAUUAAGGGAAAAUGUUUUAUUUGAGAAGGGAAGCAAUUUGAAAGUUGAGCUUGAUUCUUUACAUGGGCAAGCUACUGUUCUAGCGGCGCUAGUGUCCAUUUCGCCAAAAUUACCUCUUGGUUAUCCAGCUAGGUUGCCCAUAUCAGUUUUUGAAGUUUCUAAGAAAAUGCUGACAGAAUCUAGUCGGAACUCUGUGGUGGAUGCUGUUGAAAAAGAAGCUGGAUGGGCACUUCUAGCAUCACUAUUGGCUUCCAUGCCAAAGGAGGAGCUUCAUGACCAGGUCUUUGAUAUUCUCUCUUUAUGGGCUGCUCUUUUCAGUGGAAAUAUAGAAUCUGCAAUUAAUCACACAGAAGAUCUGAUAGCUAGAAUAUGUGUUUGGUCUGCCGCAGUUGAUGCACUUACAGCAUUUGUAAGAUGUUUUGUUUCUCCCGAUGCUGUGAACAAAGGCAUUUUACUUCAACCAGUAUUACUAUACCUUAGUCGGGCUUUAUCCUAUAUAUCGUUGAUAGCAACAAAGGAUGAACCAAACGUGAAGCCGGCAAUGGACAUAUUCGUCAUCAGAGCAUUGGUAGCUUACCAGUCACUUUCAGAUCCAUUUGCAUAUAAGAGCGACCACGCCCAGAUUAUUCAAAUAUGCACAACUCCUUUUAGGGAUGCUUCAAGAUGUGAGGAGAGCUCAUGCUUGAGGAUGCUGUUAGACAAGAGAGAUGCAUGUUUGGGUCCUUGGAUUCCUGGAAGGGAUUGGUUUGAAGACGAACUUCGUGCAUUUCAAGGUGGAAGGGAUGGUGUUUUGCCUUGUGUAUGGGAGAAUGACCCACCUAGUUUUCCUCAGCCGGAGACCAUUAGCAAGAUGUUGGUGAAUCAGAUGCUCCUCUGCUUCGGGACCAUGUUUGCUUCUCAGGAUAGUGGUGGGAUGCUGUCGCUUCUUGGCAUGAUUGACCAGUGCCUGAAAGUUGGUAAAAAACAACCUUGGCACACAGCUAGUGUCACCAACAUCUGUGUGGGUUUACUUGCUGGCUUGAAGGCUUUGCUUGCUUUACGUCCCCAACCACUGGCAUUGGAGGUAUUGAGUGCGGCACAGGCUAUCUUUCAGAAUAUUCUGGUUGAAGGUGAUAUUUGUGCUUCUCAACGCCGAGCAUCAUCAGAGGGUCUUGGUCUAUUAGCUCGCCUUGGAAACGAUAUCUUUACUGCCAGAUUGACGAGAUUGCUCCUUGGUGAUGUAUCCGGGGCUACAGAUUCGCACUAUGCUGGAUCAAUUGCUCUUGCCCUUGGCUGUAUUCAUCGCAGUGCAGGAGGAAUGGCAUUGUCAAGUUUAGUACCUGCAACUGUGAACUCUAUCUCUGCCCUUUCUAGAAGUUCAAUCGCUGGUUUGCAGAUUUGGUCUUUGCAUGGGCUUCUUUUGACCCUUGAAGCUGCUGGCUUGUCCUAUGUAUCUCAUGUACAGGCAACCCUUGGCCUUGCCAUGGAUAUUCUUUUGUCCGAAGAGAAUGGAUGGGUUAACCUUCAACAGGGAGUUGGCCGCCUUAUAAAUGCUAGUGUUGCUGUUCUUGGUCCUGAACUUUCCCCUGGCAGCAUUUUCUUUUCGCGCUGCAAGUCUGUUGUUGCAGAGAUAAGCUCCAGACAAGAACCAUCGACACUUCUUGAGAGUGUCCGAUUUACACAACAACUUGUUCUUUUUGCCCCACAAGCUGUUACGGUUCAUUCCCAUGUGCAAAUUCUUCUCCCAACUCUUUCCUCAAGACAGCCAGCUCUGAGGCAUCUAGCCGUGUCCACUCUACGACAUCUCAUAGAAAAGGAUCCGGUUUCCAUUAAAGAUGAACAAAUUGAAGAUGCCUUGUUCCAUAUGCUUGAUGAGGAAACUGAUACUGAUAACUCCAAAAUGAUAUUUAACCAUCUUGCAUGUGUUGCUGGGGACAAGUUAGUUGACUCCCAUAUAACAUUCUUAUGUGAUGCAGAUAUCUCCUCAUCCAUAGCACUCUUCCAGUCAAGAGAAAUUCUUGCUACAUCAUCAGGAAGGGAUGCCAGGACCAAUAACAACUUGGGCAAUGAUCCUUCAAAUGAUCCAAAUGGCGAAACUAGAGGGAAUUUUGGAGAAGAUGAUGAGAACAUGGUUUCUAGCUCUAAAAGCUCGUCCAUUCAGGGUUACACAUUUAAUUUUUACAGUGUUAAUCCUAGAAGAGAUAAGCACCUCAGAUAUCGAACACGGGUUUUUGCUGCUGAAUGCUUGAGUCAUCUGCCUGGAGCUGUUGGAAAGAAUUCUGCUCAUUUUGAUCUUUCCUUAGCAAAAAGACACCCUGCUAAUGAUCUGGCUUCUGGAGACUGGCUAGUUCUGCAACUGCAAGAGCUAAUUUCGCUUGCUUAUCAGGUAAGCACAAUUCAGUUUGAGAACAUGCGUCCCAUUGGCGUGGGAGUUCUAAGUACCAUUAUGGACAAGUUUGGAACGAUAUCAGACCCUGAGCUUCCUGGACACCUCCUACUGGAACAGUAUCAGGCCCAGCUAGUGUCUGCAGUUCGCACUGCUUUAGACACAUCUUCCGGUCCUGUUCUUUUGGAUACAGGCUUGCAGCUGGCUACUAAGAUAUUGACAAGCGGAAUAAUUAGUGGAGAUCAUGUUGCAGUGAAGCGAAUAUUUUCAUUGAUCUCACGUCCACUGAACGACUUCAAGGAUAUGUACUAUCCAUCAUUCGCGGAGUGGGUGUCCUGCAAGAUCAAAAUAAGACUUCUAACUGCCCAUGCUUCUCUCAAAUGUUACACUUAUGCCUUAUUGAGGAGACAACAAUGUGAGACUCCAGAUGAAUAUCUAGCACUGUUACCGUUAUUUUCAAAAAGCUCGAGUGUUCUGGGGAAGUACUGGCUCUGCACUUUGAAGGACUACACUUAUAUCUGGUUCCGCUUGCAUUCCAAGAGAAACUGGAAACCAUUUCUUGAAGGAAUUCAAUCGCCGUUAGUUUCAUCAAGGCUGCAGCUUUGUUUAAAAGAAGCCUGUCCAGUAAUCCUGCAAGCGCUUGUGCUUGAUGCAGUUCCUGCUAAUUAUGAUGUGGAUGGAUCUUUGAACUCAAUUGAAAACAUGUCAAAAAGUAUCUUCCUUUCUGGGUGCAGCAUGGUUGAGUUACAACCAGAAGAAUUUCGGUUUCUGUGGGGAUUUGCUCUGCUUUUUCUAUUUCAAGGGCAAGAUGCAAUUCCUAAUGAAUAUAAAGUACCAGUGGAUUCUUGUAAAUCCAAAUUCGGUGGUGACUCUCCAGUUGAAGAUACAAAUUCUUUAGCUUUGAAGUUAUAUGAAAUUGUAUUACCAGUGUUUCAGUUUCUCUCCACAGAAAGGUUCUUCAGCAUGGGAUUUCUUACCAUAGAUAUCUGCAGAGAAUUGCUGCAGGUUUUCUCAUAUUCUAUCUUCAUGGAAGAUCCAUGGGAUAGUCUUGCAAUCUCUGUGCUAUUACAGAUUGUGCAGAACUGCCCCAAAGAUUUCCUUGAAACAGAAAAUUUUGUGUAUCUGGCAAUGGAACUUUGUUCGGCUUUCCUCUUUAAAUUCUUCCAGAGCACCAGUGCAGUUUCUCCCUAUCAUCCGAACUUGGAGGAUAUGAUUUCUGUGGCAUUUGUUACAGGGACAACCCUCUUGAGACGUUUUGAACCUAAGAUGCAAUUAAAAUUGAUGUUGGCAUUUCUCUUAAUUGGUUACAAGUGCAUUGGGGGAGGUUCAACUGAGUUACUCUUUUCAAAAGCGAAUGAUUUUGUCCAGUGUAUCAGUGCUUUAUUGAAGAAGCACGUUGAUGAUAUAUCUGAACUUGGUGAUGAUGGAGUUAGCUACUUGACAACAACAAUCAGAGUGUGCACUAAUGUGAUAGCUGAUUUAAUUAAGAAUUGUAUUAGGAGCAUUCAUCAAUUGGAGGAUAAGAGGUCCAACUUAUGUAAAGUGCUGCUAAGGAAACUAGCUCUCUCUCUUGAACAAAUUUCUUCAUUUGCUAAGUUGGCUUAUGAACUUCCACGUCUUGGAGAGAACCAAAAUAGUAGGCCCAUCUUUUUGGCUGUGCUACAACUUUGCACUCGAUGUAUCCAGGUUGUUCUUACUGAUUAUGACAUACAGGUUCAAGCAAUUGGGUUGCAAGUGCUAAAGAACAUGCUACAAAGAGGCACCAAUGCAGAAAACAACUUUUUCAUAAUAUUCUUUGUUGGGGAGAGUCUUAGAGAUAUACUCACUGUAAUCCAAAUGGUUUUAAAGAAACCCAUAAACAGGGAAGCAGUGGCUAUUGCUGGGGAGUGUUUGAAAAUCUUAAUGUUUUUGCAAACAAUGUCACAAGAUAACGAAUGUCAGAAAGGUCUUAUGCAUCUGCUUUUGGAAGUCAUUGUCUCUAUCUUUUCAACAUCAGAAGGCAGUCUUUCUCAGGAAGUCAAUGAUUUAAGAAGCACGGCCAUAAAGCUUGUAUCUCAACUUGCUCAAAUUCCAUCCUCAGCAGUUUGUUUUAAGGAUGUAUUGUUAACAAUGCCUAUGACACAAAGGCAGCAACUUCAGGGUAUAUUCCGUGCUUCAGUGACACAAGAUCAGAAUCCCACACAUAUGAAAUCAAUACUCCCACCUUUAGUGAUAAAGAUACCAGCACAAACAGAGGAAAUUAAAGAGAGAAAUUCCCUUCCAACCCCCAGAACACAGUCUGAUAACGAUGACGAGGAAGAGGAAGAUGAUUGGGAUGCUUUCCAGUCUUUUCCUGCCUCUACAAACGAAGUUUCUUUGAGUUCAAAUGUCGGAAGUGCUGCAGAAGAACCUAUCUUGACUGGAGACUCCUCCUUUUCAGGUUCCAGUACUGUAAGUAAUGUUCCCAUAGAAAACUCUAGUUCCCUGCCUCUAAGCAAGGUGGGGGAAAUCACUAACACAGGUCGAGAGGCCAUUGAAGAGGAAACAACACUUGAUGCAGUAGGUGGCAGUUUUCAGAUAAUUGAGCUUCACGGUUCACAAGGUAGUAGCCAUGAUACCGAGCAAUGUGAUGGCCACACUGAGGACAGGGAUGGAGAGGUGCUAAGUCAUGAAAAUAAUCAAACGUUGUUUGAUACUCAAUCUGUGGAAGUUGCAGAAGCAAACAGUGGGCCUUGUGCUGGUCUUCUUGAUGAGAAAAUUGGAGCAGUGCCAAGCCAUGAAAGUGAUCAGGCCAUGUCUGAUCUUCAACAUGUUCAAGUUGCAAUAGUAUCCAGUGAGUCGUGUGAUGAGCACAGUGACAAAACCAGAGCAAUGUUACACAAUGAAAAUGAACAGGCCUUGUCUGAUCUUCAACCCGUUGAAGUUGCAUCAAAACAUACUGAGCCAUUUAAUGAUCACCAUCAGGAGAGAGAUAAAGAAGUCCCAAGCCUUGACAAUGAUCAAUCCAUGUGUAAUCUGCAAUCUGUGGAAGAAGUUAUAGGUUUAAUCCCAGUCAAAAUACCUGAGAAUGCUGAGCAGAGCAAGGAGAGCCCCUGCUGAAAUAGAUGAUCUCCAACUUGCCUCAGGUCCUUUACCAUUCGAAUAGUCUUCUGGAAAGGCAGAGAAUGAAGGACAUACAGUACAUAAUUCGGAGUUGAUUAAGACAUUGAUGACUGAUGAGAGCACUAGGCCACAUGAGGAAGUGGCAUCGGUUCAGGAACAACGCCAAGAUGACAACGAUAAACCAAGCGUUUGUCGUGUUGACUGUAUAAAUUUGUUUAGGUGGCGUGCUGUUACUCCAAGCAAUGGAGAAUAUUAAAUUUUGGCAUGGCCUCAAGGUAGUCUCCAUCGAAUUGACACUCUGGAUGCUUAUAUAUGACAUGGUUGCCUGAGAGAGGGAAUUAGGGGUUGGGUGUUAUCACUGCAGAAUUGCUUUUAACUGCUUGUUCUGAAGGUUGUCCUUUUUUUUCUCGAUAGGACUCUUAAUCUGUAGUGAGUUCCAAAAACUGCCCAUUCUUUAGUUCUUGGUCCAAUUGGUACUAUAGCGUUGCUUUGGAUAGUCGAAUAGUUUGAGCAAAAAGAGCUCUACUCAACCGUACCAGUUUGUGGGUGUAUGGCUGUGGAUGUCGAAUGCUCCAUGAUCGAGUUCAAAAUGUGACCCGAAUUUUGAUGUUCAUCUCCAGGAAGUUGUACCCUACUAGAAGAUACAAUGUGCUAAAUCUGAAUGUCAUUGUUCUCAUCGAGUGAAAUUACCCUUCUACUCUUUUUUCUGAUCUUGAUGGCUCUGUUGAUUGUUAUUCACUAUGUCACAGUUGGACAAUAUGUAAAAUUGGCCUGUUUUCCUUCGAUGCAGCAGAUUCAGACGUGAAAGAAAAAGAUGCCAUUUCCUUCGCGGGAGAAAAUUGAUGUUUGAACGAGAUACGUUUUGAUGAGAUAUGCCAAU